GUUUUUCCCCUCCACGUGAAGAGUUCCCUUACAGUAUUCGAUAAACACAGUUGUAUUUGAUGUUGGCACUUUAUCUCGAUAACUAGCCCAGAUAUGGCAGCAGUUUGCCAGAAACUUUCUGAUGAAGACUGGCUCGUUUCACGUGCACGAUCGUGUAUGAAAACAGACCCGUUCGCAGCUAAAGCAUGGAUGAUAACAGCAAGAACUUUGUUCCCGCAAAACUUUUCAAUUCAGUUUGAGGCAUAUAACCUGGAAAAAGUCGGCAAAAAUGUCAAAGAAGCAGCAAAGUUACUGGAAGAAAUGUUUCUGGCAUUUCCCGAAGAAAGUCGUCUGUGGGCCGAAGUUCAAGCAAUUCUUGGAGUGCUCCAGUCAGAAAUCUCCGACAACAGGAACAGUUUUCUGACAGAGAUCUUCGCGGCUAUUUCCACCCACUCUCAGUGUGAGAUGUUGCUACACGUGGCUGAUAAGAUGAGUGACACCCUGGAACAGUGUCGACUUCUACUGCUGGCCAUGAGGAAGUUUGGCAGCCUUGUUGAUGAACACGGGCUAACUUUGAUAGACAAGUUACAGCGAGCAGAGAAGAAGGCUGCCUACAUGACAGGUGUUAACUGCUACAGAAAGCUGUUAGUUUGUGAUGUGCUGCCGUUGGUCCUUCAGAAGGUGAAGAAGCUGGAUGUUCCUCCUGCCCGGUUGUAUAAAUGGCUACAGCAGGCUAUUGAGUUUCAUGUGAUGUUUAUAACACAGGCGCCCUGUCAACCCUCCAACCAACCUCCUUCUCCAGAUCUGAUGUCACCCACUAAGAAAGGUAAACGGUUUGUGUUGAUCCCGGGUUUGUACGACCGCGAGAGUCAGGUGACCGACCCCUGGGGGAGCUUACUGAGACUGCUUGUUCUGAUUGGUCAGCACCUAGACUGGGAGAUUGACCGAGACCUCUUCACACAGACCAGGGACCAGCAGUGGCAGUAUGUGUUUAACAUUUAUAACAGAGCCAAGCAGAUACAGGGCAGUCCCUACACGAAACAGAUUGUGUAUGUGACCACAGUGCUGUUCCUCGAGUGUCUUUACACCUACGUCAGCAGCGUCGACCCUGACGCCUUCGUGGGUGGAGCGACAGUACAUGGACCCCUUGUGCUGAUAGAAGGGUUCGGAGGUGACUUGUCAGACAAGCCGUCACCGUCCAAGGCAAAAAAGUCCAAGACCAGCGGAUCAGCUACAAAUAUACUAGCAACACCUGGUGUACCAGACUCACAGAAAAUAAUUGAAAGUUUCCUGACAGCAUUUAAAUGUUACGAACUUCUCCACUCCAAACAGGAACUUCAGAGAGAGUUCGUGAGUCUGUGCGAGGUGUGGAGGAUGGAGACGUGGACAUGGAUGGCACAUUUCCAGACAGACAUGCUAAUGUACCAGGGAGCAUUCCAGGAUGCCCUUGCCCACCUCCAAUCCUGUACACCUUUGGUCAAAGACAGUAUGAAGAUUCGUAGUUCUCUCCAGAUGGCAUGUUGUUUUAUGGCACUAGGGAAAUAUGGUAGGUCGUGUGAGAUUUUACUGGAGGUCAUAUCCUUCCUACCUGGAGGACAGAGGGCAGAUAAGAAUACGGUACCAAGCGACCCCGUUUCCUCUGGGCGUCACCUGCUGUUGACUUUAUGUACGGAGGAAGAAAUCAUCCCUUACUGUGUUCAGCUCCUGUUGUCCUGUUUAAAGGAAAAGGCGUUAUCUCCAAACAAAACAGAUGACACAGCUCUUGGUCACAUGGUGGUUUUACUGCAAUAUGAUUGGCCGAGACAGGAACCAUUAUUUCAGCAAGUAGUGAAGAAAGUCAGAAGCCAGGGAUCAUUUACAUACAACCUCUUCUUCAAUUUCAUUAUCAAUAUUGAUAUUUUGGAGGAGUUUGCAUUUCUGAAAACACAGGAGGGCGGCAAAGUUUCUCUAGACAUCCUUCCCGUCAGUACAAAGGCCAUAGCUCAACAAAGAACAGUGACACGCGGUGUAAAUAAGAAUGUGAAAGAGGACUUUAAACAUACGAUGGAGAAACAAGUGGCACGAUCAGAGGAAAGUAUUGACAACCUGAUUCGCAGCUUCCUGUUGGAGGAGAGGCAGCAGAUCAUCAAAAGUGUGUGACGGUCUGCAGGGCUGGGAUAAUGUAGGGGUGGGGAUUUAUUUGUAAUAAAAUGAUAAA